AUGCCUCUCUUCAAAUCAUCGCAUCCCUCUCUCACCCACCUUCGGAGCUUCACCUGCACCGCGCGAACACUUGCAAAUCGCUCCAAUAAACGACUUGAAGGCGAGCACAGCGUCGUGCCUCCCUACCCAUACGGGCCCUCUCUUUUUUACAAACAAUCCAACAAUGGUCUCUACGGUACGCAGAAGAUCCGGUUCGGGAACAUCGUGUCAGAAAAGAACGAGAUCAAGACUCGACGAUAUUGGAGACCUAAUGUACACUUCAAGAGGCUGUGGAGUGAUGCCCUGCAGGACUAUAUCAGGUUGAGGAUCACGACGAGGGUAUUGAGGACGGUGGAUAAGGUUGGAGGUCUGGAUGAGUACUUGCUCGGGGAGAAGGCCGGAAGGCUGAAGGAACUGGGUAUUGGUGGGUGGAAGUUGAGGUGGAGGAUUAUGCAGACGGAUAGGGUCAAGGAGAGGUUCAGACGGCAGAGGGAACUACUUGGUCUGCCGCCCAAGGAGGACGACCUGGUUACUUCGGACGGACAAGCAGCUACACCACAACAGGUUGCGCAGGAGAUGGAGGCUUUUGAUGCGGACCUGAAGAAGGGUCAGGAAGUUGAGGUGGGAGAGAAUAUGGAGGCUGGUGAAGCCGAGCCUGGGUUUAUGCAUGAGCAGCCUCCGAAACAAGAGAAGGUCGUGCUAUAA